CGCGCAAACGGAGAGGACGUACUUCCGGAAAGGCCCGCAGCCUGAAGAGCUCCGAGACCAGAAUCCAGACUCAGUCCAGGACAACACGGUCCACCAGUCACAGCGGAGACCUGCAGGACGAUGGAGAACCAGAACCCGGACCACAGGAGCCAAACAGCAGCCUCGUGCUCUGAUAGCGCCGAUGUUCAGAAACGGAGAGGAGGAGAUGGACUCAAACGUCACCACUGUCAGCUCUGUGACAAAUCCUUCACAGCAUGCUGGUAUUUAAAGAUUCAUCAGAGAGUUCACACUGGAGAGAAACCGUACAGCUGUGACCAGUGUGAGAAAACGUUCACUACAUCAGGUGACCUAAGAAUCCACCAACGUGUUCACACUGGAGAGAAACCGUACAGCUGUGACCAAUGUGGGAAAGCUUUCACUCAGUCAAGUCACCUAACAAUCCACCAACGUGUUCACACUGGAGAGAAACCGUACACCUGUGACCAGUGUGGGAAAACUUACAUUUCAUCAGGUGCCCUACAAAAGCACCGCCGUGCUCACACUGGAGAGAGACCGUACUGGUGUGACCAAUGUGGGAAAUGUUUCACUAGUUUUAGUAGUCUGUAUGUCCACCGACGUGUUCACACUGGAGAGAAACCAUACAGAUGUGACCAAUGUGGGAAAAUGUUUGCUACAUCAGAUGAAUUAAAACAGCACUAUCGUGUUCACACUGGAGAGAAACCUUACAAGUGUGACCAAUGUGGGAAAGCUUUCACUACAUCAGGUCAACUUAAAGUCCACCAACGUGUUCACACUGGAGAAAAACCGUAUGGCUGUGACCAGUGUGAGAAGUCUUUCUUUACAUCAGAGAGACUAAAAAUCCACCAACGUGUUCACACUGGAGAAAAACCAUACGGCUGUGACAAAUGUGGGAAAGCUUUUGCUGCAUCAGGUGAUCUAAAUAUCCACCGACGUGUUCACACUGGGAAUAAACCGUACUGGUGUGACCAAUGUGGGAAAGUUUUCUCUAGAUCAAGUAUAUUAAUUGUCCACCAACGUGUUCACACCCGGGAUAAACCAUACAGCUGUGACCAAUGUGAGAAAACCUUUACUCAGUCUGGUAACCUUAAACGCCACCAACGCAUUCACAGUGCUUCGGUUUAAACAUUUUUCAGAUCCAAACAAGCUGUUUCCUCUUGCCCUGAUAGCUGUGUUGUUUUAUUAGCAAGCAUAGUGUUAGCUCAGGCAGGCAAUGAAGUCAAGCUCUGCUCUCAAUCCAAGCCCAUCAGCUAAUUCCUCUCUUAGCAUUAGUUGUUAAUUUGAAUAUAAGGUAUCUUAUAUAAGCUGCUAUAGUCUGCUUGCGCUUGCUGCUUCUUCUGCAAGCAGCUCAUAAGCACUGGACACCUGUCCAGUUUCAGACGCUGAUCCUCGAGGCCCAGCCCAGCAGCCCACUCCACAGUGGAUAAUCAUCCUGACAACUGGUCCAGGAUCCAUUCAUCGCUCGCCAGCACAAACUAUAUUCAAGCCCUGGCAAGUCAAGUUUUCCUGGCACAGCUGGCUGUUUUCCUCCCCGGGUGCAGGCCUGUGACGCCUGGCGAUUACUUCCCUCUGGCAGCAUCGGAGGUAUCACUGUCCGUCAGAGAUCGCUGUGAAGAGCAGUUCCAGUCUCCUCUGUGGGUUCCUUUUGUUCUUUCUUCUGCCACAAUCUCUCCCUGAGCUGAGAAAAGCUCUGGGGAAACAUCCCCACAACUUCCUGUCAAAUAGUUGAUUGCAGGAUUGGUUCAGGGGCCUGACUUGGUUGCCAAGUGUCAUUUAUUUGUAAAAAU